AUGGCGACAGUCGCCAACAGUGAUGUGUUCAAAAGGUCCCGUAUGAAGCAAGCAGGAAAGCCCUCUGCUGAGGACUGGGCUAGUAAACGUUCAGCCCAUUUCAAUUGCAAAAGCCAAUCCCUUUCCCCCUGGAUUCUGAAGCAAGCUGCCGGUUUUCUCAAGAUACCGGGUAUAAUCUCACGAGGCGGUGGCCUCCCGAUUAGCGAGCAUUUCCCCUACUCUGAAAUUUUAAUGCGAUCUCCUCAAAUGAUGCGCUUCAUCACUGAGCAUGUUAAGCUCGUCUCAAACCCUACUUAUGCUAAAUGGCAGGCAUGUCAGACUCUAGGCAGUGCGGGUGCCCUCGAGCAAGCCGUUCUUAUGCGCUGUGAUCGUAAUCGCGGCAACUGCGUUCUUACAGAAGGGUAUACGUUUGCCUCAGCGCUGGAAACUAUGGCGCCCAAGGUCAUCGAAGUUGUUAGUGUCAAAACGGACGACCAGGGUAUUCUUCCAGACGAUACGCACGACGUGCUUACUGACUGGGACGUCAGUGUCCAGGGUAGUCGAAAGCCGCACGGUCUUUACACGAUUCCUUCUGCACAGAUUCCAACUGGGGCAAUACAGGGCAUCGAGCGUCGUCGUGUCAUUUACGCGGUUUGCCGAAAGCACAACAUAUUCAUCCUGGAGGAUGAACCCCCCGAGUCGCUUGGAAGCUAUCUCGCAGGAGUUGUCGCUUCGUUUCUGAGCCUGGACAUCGACGGACGUGUCCUUCGCGUAGAUUCUUUUUCAAACGUUCUUGUGCCUAGAUCGAGAAUGGGAUGGAUAACCGCCAGCAACCAGGUGAGCCAGUGCUACCUCCCACACGUCGAGUUUGCAAAUCCACGCUCCGGAGAAUCAGCACAGAUCAUCCUUUGGAAAUUGCUAGACGACACAUGGGGCUACGGAGAGCGGAACAUGCUGUUCGCUACGUGCGAAGAAUUAUUACCGGAAGAGCUGCUCUGGCUCAAAGUUUAUAACACACGGCACUCCAAGCACCUGCAUCGCUCCUUGCUCGAGAGAGAAGAAGAGAUAUUUCAAAGUGCUCUUCAACGCGGAGCGCUUCGUACGAGCGGCUCAUGGUUCUGCGCCGAGUCGCACACGCCUCCUAGAAAGCUUUUUCUCCACACAACAUUUGUGAGCGCCACCGAGGAUUCCAUGAAGUCGGCAUUUUAG